AACAUCCUACUGUACAUUGUGGUCUCGUGACUACAGUCGUUUCCGCUGUUCAUUUUCAACGAUGGCUUUAUAUAAUGUAUCCAAAGAAGCCCUAAUUGGCUCGGCAGCCCUCGGUGCUGUUUUUGCUGUAGGAUUAUGGAUAGGAGGAAGACAGGUGCCCUCCUAUGGCAUUCUUAACACCUUUAAGAGUCAUACUGGGGCAAAAGGCAAUCCUUUAAUGGGGUAUGUGCUUGAUCACUCGCUGAGAGAGCAUCCUGUAUUAAAGAAGCUAAAACUGCGUACACUUGAACAUCUUGAAAACGCGAUGAUGGUGGCUUGUGAACAAGCUCAGCUGAUGGCCAACCUUGCCAAACUCAUUAAAGCAAAGAAAGCAAUUGAAGUUGGGGUAUUUACAGGGUACAAUGCUUUAAACCUGGCUCUUGCACUGCCAGCUGAUGGCAAGGUUGUUGCUUGUGAUGUCAGUGAAGAGUUUACCAGUGUGGGAAAACCCUUCUGGAAAGAAGCUGGAGUUGAACAUAAAAUUGACCUGAGGAUACAGCCAGCUCUACAAACCCUUGAUGAGCUUGUGGCCGCUGGUGAAGCUGAAACCUUUGACUUUGCCUUUAUAGAUGCUGACAAAGCUAAUUAUGACCAAUAUUACGAGAAGUGUCUACUGCUAAUUAGGAAAGGAGGAAUUAUAGCCAUUGAUAAUGUGCUUUGGGGAGGAAAAGUGCUGAACCCAGAGAAGGGCGACAAAGACACCCAGUGCAUUCACAAGCUCAAUGAGAAAAUUCAUCGAGAUACCAGGGUCAAUAUCAGCAUGAUAACAGUAGGAGAUGGGUUAACCUUAGCAUUCAAGCUCUAACCUAUUAUGGAUAAGGCCCUGUGAAAAUCGCGAUUUCACGGAAAUCAUGAAAUUAGCCCAGUACCUCGAUUUUUACAGUAUUCUUAGGAAAUAAAAAUAAGUUCAUAAUUGUUUGUAUUUUAUACAAAAAAAAAAAAAAAAUCACAUUAACGAAAUUGUACAGUUCUGCUAGUGCCUGCGUGUAAUAUUCGCCAUGCACACAGUGCUGUGCAGUGACUGUCAUGUCACUAUAUGCAAUUUAAACAGGAAAUUAAAAUACUACACACUGUAAACAAGAAAAUGGAUGUCUCUAAAAAGGCUAAAAAUGUGUCUGCAGCAGAUCACGUAAAGCAGUAUCCAGCAGGAGUUUUACACAGCGAUGGAGGUAAGCUCUUGUUCUGUAUGUCCUGCAACAUUACUGUAGAUCACUACCGAAACUCAUCUGUUGACAGGCAUUUAGAUUCACUGAAAAGAGAAAGGCGGCAAUCCAGAGCAGUACUGCGACUGCUUUACUUGCAAAGAAACAAAAAACGGUGACUUCCAUAUUCCAAAAGUCCACUUAUUAAAUUUUGACCUGACAGAGGCGUUUGUUUGUGCAAAUAUCCCUUUUGAAAAAUUGGACAACCAAAAGUUACGGAAAUUCUUCAGACAGAGUGUAGCAAAUGGUGGCCCGAUUCCUUCAUCAGCCCAGCUGAGACGUGAAUACUUACCUAAAGUUUUCGAGUAUCACAAACAGGAGAUUAUGGAAUGGGUAAAACAGUCUGGUUGCUUGUCAGUGGUCACACUGACGAGUCGACUGAGGCACAAGAUCAGUAUGGGUUAACCAUUUUAUUUGUUUUGCAAGACCUACAUGGUGAACAUGCACCUGACGUACUAGAACUGAAAGCUGUCCUUGCAGAUACACUUUACCUACAGGCUGUUAAUUACAACAUCGUUUCACAAGCUAUUGUAAAGUGCUUGAGUUACCUUGAUGUUAGUUUUGAUGUCAGUGCAUUUAUCUGUGUAUUUGCUGUUUAAAAAAAAAAAAAAAAAAAAAAAUUAUAAUAAUCUGUACACGUAAUUUAUUUCUGUGCACAUUCCGUGAAAUACGAUACUUUACCCGUGACAAUGCAGUGAAUUUUAAAGAAAAUUUCCACAAUUUUCACAGGGCCUUAAUUAUGGAUGUUAAAAGCAUAUAGGUCAGGGAAUCUGUCCUGUGUUUUUUAUGACCAAAAACUGUUUGGAAGUACAGUAGAGGAACACUUUAAAAAUAAUGACUGCAACUACCUAAUGCAUUCUGUGCGUGUGUGUGGUGUAGAUAUUGUAUGUCUAAGAUUUGAUGACAAUUUUGAUUGUUCAUGCCAUAUAGGUUACAGGGAUGAAAAUAAUUAACAAGUGAUGUAGUGCUUUUUAUACAACAAAGAUUUAACACUAUUUCAUAGUUUUAGUUGGUUGUUGCAACUAACAAGAUGCCUUUUAUACAAACUACUGUAACCUUGCCUAAAAGUAGCAGGAACAAGUCAUUUUGUAUCUCUCUACUUUUAGAAUGCAAAUGAAGCUUAAUAAAAUCAAUGAAGCAUUUAA